AUGGACGGUUUCUCCGCUUCACAGAGGGUGCCUCCGAGUCCUAGUCCAAAAACGACGAAGAUAGUCAAGGCUCGCUACAUCUCCGAUCUCGUCCUAGAUUCCAAGCUCGACACCGAGAUUUCGAAUGCCUACACUCAACAUGUGCGAUACAUACCCGGGCACGCAGCGAGCGAGCGACGGUACUCGCAUUGUUUUGUUUGUGCGGAUGGGUGGUUUGAGAAUGAUGUGUCUGUGUUUAUCUCAAUGGAAUACUUGAGUCUUGGUGACCUAGGACGCUACCUUUCUCGGCCACUACCAGAGUGUGAAGUGCAGGUAAUCUUCUUGCAGAUGGCGGAGGGUCUUGAGUAUAUGCACGACAACCGCUUCAUUCAUCGAGACCUGAAACCUGUUAACAUCAUGGUCGUCAACAAAGGUCCCAACUGGUUCGUUAAGAUUGCAGACUUCGGUAUCAGUAAGCGGAGAUGGCAAGACUCUACAACAACAUCCACCCUACAACGAGGAACCUUCGCAUUCGCAGCGCCAGAACAGCUUGGAUUCCUAAAAGCUAGCAACGGAGGCUCGCCUACUUUCCUCUCCGACAUGUGGUCGCUUGGAGCGGUAGCUUAUAAGCUGCUUAGCAAGAAAAUACCGUUCUCCGAUAUACCGGAUCUCAUGAACUAUUUAUCUGGGCAACUUCCAUUCCCCGUCGAAAGCCUACAGUCCAAAGGAGUUUCGAAGGUUGCUCAGAAGCUCCUUGCCGACUUGUUGUCUCCAGAGCCUCAUCAGAGGCCAUCAGCGCGCUUGUGCCGCGAGCAUCCAUGGAUUUCCAUGCAACUCCCUCUCACCACCACCGAGGCUGGUACUACUUCCACCGAAGAGUUCAUAAACCAAGAUGAAACGAGCAAAUCGUUCGAGCCAUCAGCAGUUUGGAGCGAAGACAUCGAUCCCGAGAUGAACAUCACGUUUCUCAACGAAUGUCCUUUAGAAUCGCGCCGAAGUACGCCAGAGACACCACCAGACGUGACUGGAUAUAAUCACAGUUCUGCUUCUUUGCUGGUCAAGGAAUCUCGCCAGAGCUUGGCCAACGAGGCUGCGUCAGAAUCACAGCCAAAUACGCCAACAUUACGACCAAAUGUGACUAGACGCGUUCCUAGUUCUACUUCCUUGCUAGUCGAGGUCGAAGAAUCUCGCCACAGCUUAAUCAACGAGUCUACAUCGGAAUCACGGCCAAGUACGCCAAAACCACUGCUGAAGGUGACUGGGCGCAAUCCCAGUUCUACUUCGAUGUCAGUCGAGGAAGUCGAGGAACAUCCCCAAAGCUUGGAAAUCCCUCACCUCUCAAAGAAGUUUGGAAGGUGGGUUUAUUAUCUGGAAGAACUGCUCAAGCACGCUGGUGGCACAGAGGGCAUCGAACGUAAGACGCGCCUGAUCCCAUUAUUAGCAGAGCGGCUUGCGAAUUAUUCCGCGACUUGGGAAUGCUCGGAUUCAUACUGCGCUCGGUUUGUCAAUUGGCGCCCAGACCCAAAGCGAUGGAUGUCUCGGGCUGAGAGCUUCGAUCAGAAACAAGCACCAGACUUCCCAUACCUCGUCCGGCUUCUGAAGUCGUACACGCACACUCCUUCACCAGCGAUACAGAGAUCGGGCCCAAACGAAUCUGAGGAUCUUGCCGGGCACUUCAAGUUACGAAUCCGACUAUCUGGGGCACUGAUGCUGUUGGGCAAUGAAUCCGAGGCAAUUGGAAUUUUAGAAGAGGUCUUGGAGUGGACAUCGUUGCCGCUCAUUCAUCAGGCGGCCUCACACCAGUUAGCAGCCCAGGCGUAUAGCAUGCAGUCGAACUGGGAGAAAGCAAAGCUGCACGCCGUACAAGCGUUCCAACAAACCAGCGAUGCACUUGGCCGAGCCAGUGACAGCAACAAGGCUUGUCUGAGAUUGAUGGUUGAAAUUUGUAACAAAAGGAUGGAUUCGGCUGAAGAAACGCAGAGAACUGGUGCCACUGGAUCGUCUGAGUCUCCAGCUCAGCAGCGGAUCCGCUGUUGCCGCGAAAUGAUGCUGAUGCUGAGAGUUCGAGACCAAAUGGCAGCGGCUGACUUGGGAGUCGAGUUCUUACGAACUAAUUUUGAUCUCCUGACACCAGUCCUCCCAAACCGCGGUUCCCCCUGCUGGGAUUGCGUCAAGCAACACAUGCUACUGGACGAAGCUUUCCUAGGUGCAUUUCGAGAAGGAGCUGCAUGCACCGAACACCGGGCUGCUUUACAAACACUGAAGAGGAGAUCAAUUCAACGUCCAAGUGAUUACACCGGCGAAAGUUACACUGGGCUUUCGCCGGUGCAUUUUCUUGCCGCCGCCACUCCCUCGACGAAGAGGUGGCAGCCACGUCGGAGCUGCGCCGAGGAGUUCAAGUGGCUUCUGGGGACCACCGCACCAUUAACGUACGACAACACCGCUAUGCAUUACCAUAUCUCCGACGCGACGGGUCGAGCCAUCGAAAUGAUACCCGUCUGGUUAGCUGCGACUCAUGGCAAGAGCGAGGUAGUUGAUCUACUUCUGUCCUGGCGGCAAAGAAGCUUUGCCCACUGGCACGAAACAAACUUCUCAUACGGUGCCAUGAUGCUAUGUCUCCUGCCGCGGCUAGGACCUUUCUCUAAACACCAACAAGAGAGCAUUGCGCAAGCCUUAAAGUUCCUAUCGCAAAGGGAAACCUGGAAGUUGCUGGCUGCUCCGGGGCCAAUCGACCGACAUUGGACUGAGUUCCCGUGGUGUUUCCAUAGCCCACAGCUGCUAGGCGUGGUCCUCGAUAAUUGCGGCGCGGAAAGUGGGAAUCUGUCAGUUCCUUCUAUGCUAAGAGGUCAGCGGCAUCCGACCAACCUCCCGCUGAUAUGCGCUCUGUUGACCACCUUUACGGGAGGCCUAGUUGAUACUCUCGAGCUGCUCGACAUUCUUGUUCUGCAUCGAGCGGACCCAAACACGAAAGAUCCACUCGGGAGAACAACACUGGAGCUCGCUUUGAGGCAAAACCGAUCAACGCCACUUGGUCUUGGGCUUCCUGAGGUGAAACUUGAAGAGGCACGCCUCAAGGUUAUCUUGAUCCGAUUGCUUCUCACCCUUAACGCGCACCCACCUUCCGGACCCGGCUUCCAGAACGAGGUUAACUUGCUGCGUGUCAAGCCCUAUGAAGAACCUCAAGUCGAAGAAUUGCGCCAAUUGGAGAAAGAUGCUAGGCUCUUUCGAGAACAGAAGGAUUCGCAGGGGUGGGAAGAGUCAACGCUCAAGAGCACGCUCGACAGGUUACACAGCGACCUUGGAUUUAACAUUACCGAGUACGACGCGUUCGAGGCGGGGAGAAGUACUCUCGAUGCGGAGAUCGAUAGUGUAUUGGAGGUGCUCAGGAAAACCUAG